UUUUCUAAAAUUUAUUUCCUUUCUUUCUUUUCAUUAACACAGAGCAACAGAGAGAACCGGAGAUAACGAGGAUAAAUUUUGUGAGGUAUUUUCGCUUCAAAUUAUUGAAAGUUUGUUAGAGGAAAAGGGGAAUUAGGGGUUAUUCAUAGAAGAAAUAGUCUGGAAUUUUUGGAAAGAUUUCUGCAUCGCCGUAGGAUGAAAACAAGAGUAUAUUGAGAAGGAAUGAAAGAAGAACAUCUAGCGGGAAUAAUCUCGGUCAAAUCUUUUUCGAUUUGAACCAUAAAAUUUUCAUUCUAGGCGGGAUGAAAUCAAAAGAAAGUCCUUUGGGCGCGAUUAUUCCCGCUUGUUGUUUUUGAGUAACUAUAAAUUGAACCCUAAAAUCACCUUUUCUGGGUGAUUAUCAGUUCCGAGGUCAAAAACAUCAAGAUUCACACAGUUCUUCGUAUUGAUUUGAGUUUUUCACUCUCCAGAGACUCAUUCAGGGUUCUUUAAUUUCUGAAGAUGGAAUUUGAGGAAGAGAUGGAAUAUCAGCAAAAUGGGGAGCAAGGAGAGCAUUUCAAUUCCGAAAUUACUGUUGUUUUCCAACGAGAGAAAAAGGUGCGAGGUGAUACCACUUUUGCAUCUUUCAUUGGAAAGAAAAAAGAGGAGAAAGAAAGGGAAAUGGUCGACUGGGAUAUGAAGAAAGAGAGACCUUGUGGAAAAAACCAAGCCAAAUAUUCUAGUGUCAUUGGUGUGUUUCUCAAACAAUCUCGCCGUUGGAACUGGGAAAACCCUUGGAAUUUGCAAGAUGACAACGCUAAGGAUUGGUUGUGGGACGAACUUAAGGAUUUGUUUGUUGUUGAUGAAUGUCAUAAACAAGGUACCCUGUCUAUUGCUGGUGGAAUAUUUAAAGAUAAGAAGGGCAAGUGGAAAAGGAAACACUAUAAGCUCACAAAUACGCAUGCAAUUAAUCUGAAAGAUAAACCCAAUUCGUUAACCGAUGGGCAGUGGAAGUCUCUUGUAAAACUUUGGGAUAGUGAAGCGCAUCAAACACUAUCAAAGAAAAAUGCCAUUAGUAGAAGCCAACAGAAAACGAAGCACAUAAUGGGCAGGAAAAACUACUCUCGGUGCGAAGCUGAAAUGGCUCAAGAGAACGGAGGGAACCCACCAACUGAUGGUGACGUGUUCAUUAAAACCCAUAUAAAUAAAGUCUUUGGAAAAGCUUUGGACCCAUUUUCACAAGGAUACAUUGCCCAAUUAAGGGAACAGUCCGGGUUGGAUGAGAAUGGUUUGGAUGAAGAUGGUAACCAACAUUCAAUCAGUAAUGAAGUCUAUGCAAAUGUAUUACCCACAAAAAUACAUAAACGUAUAAGAGCUCAAAGAUGCCAUCUGCAGUACUUGAGUAAUGAGGAUUUUGAGAGAGAAAAGGAAGAGCGAGAGGAAGAAUUUAAGAGGCAAAUGAAAGAACGAGAUGCAGAAUGGGAGAGGCGAAUGGAAGCGCAAAAUGAUCAGUAUAACGUGCGUCAGAACCAAAUGAUGGAGUAUGUCAGAUUGUGCAGGCCAGACCUAUUUACGACAUCGGGACUCUCAGGACCUUCAGAUCACCUUUUCAGAACGCAUCAUCACAGACCUUGGGAGCAACUAUCUAUACGUGGGCCGAUGCCUUCAGUACCUUUGGAGCAGCGCCAAAGACCUGGGGAGCAGCCUGGCAUAUCAGAGGAGCAACUUUUUGGACCUUCGUCGCGUUACAGGUGUGGGGAGCAGCCCAGCAGACACGGGCCGACGCAUUUCAUACCUUCGGAGCAGCGCCAAAGACUUGUGGAGCAUCCUGGCAGACCCGAGGAGCUACUUUUUGGACCGGCGGAUCCGCUUUACAUAUCCAGGGACCAUCUAAACAGACCUCAAAAUAAUUCAGGUACGCAGGGAACGGGAACAGACGUAUGGGAUUGGAUACCGCCUGAGAGUUGAUUUAACAUGGACUAGGACAAGUUUGAAUUAUUAGGUUAUUUUCUUUAGUUUCGAUUGUGUAAUUUCUUUGUUUCCUUAUGGUUAAGUGGGAUUCUCUACGCCUUUUGACAACUACUUUUAUUUAAUGGAACUUAAAUUCUUCAAUUGGAUUCAUUUUUUGGUA